AUGUCACUCUCUUCAUUCGUACUUGGUCCGCCUCCAGCUUCCUGGACUAACGAUGCAAAUUUUCGUAGUCACGCUCAUGUUUUGCCUUUUGAAAAUUUGACAGAAUGUAUAGUUAGAAAAAUCGAACCCGUUGGUCGUCAUUUUCUCGGCCAUGCGCGCCGGAAAUUGCAUAACCACUCUUUUACAGAAGACCAGCGCAUUCAGGCUGAAAAAGAGACAGACAAAACACAAGAUUCUGUCCUAGAGGAUUCUGAAGAGGAAACUACCGAGUUGCUUUCAAGAGACCCGAAAGAUUGGAAGGAUCAGGAUCAUUAUGCUGUUCUAGGACUUUCUAAAUAUAGAUGGCGAGCGACCGAGGAGCAAAUAAAGCUAGCUCAUAGGAAGAAAGUUCUUAAACAUCAUCCUGAUAAAAAAGCUUCUAGCGGUAAUAUGAACGACGAUGCUUUCUUUAAAUGUAUCCAAAAAGCACAUGAGAUUCUAUCUGAUCCUGUUAAACGGCGACAAUAUGAUUCCGUCGAUUCGGAAAUCGAUGAUUCUCCGCCCAGUCUAAAAAUCAGAGGGGACUUUUUUGAGAUAUAUGGUCCGGUCUUUGAACGUGAAGCUAGAUUUUCUAACAAGACACCUGUGCCAUUAUUGGGUGACAUUAAUACUAACAAAGAAGAAUUAGAGGCAUUUUAUGACUUUUGGUAUAAAUUUGACUCGUGGCGAUCGUUCGAAUAUUUGGACAAAGAGGAUGCUGAUAGCACUGACAACCGUGAUGAUAAACGUUAUCUUGAGAAGAAAAAUAAAGCGGAGCGAGCAAGGCUUAAAAAAGAAGAUAACGCGAGACUUCGAAAAAUAGUCGAUAAUGCGCUAAGUUCAGAUCCUCGUAUACAAAAAUAUAAAAAAGAAGAGAAAGCAGCAAAAGAAGCAAAAAAGCGAGAAAAGGAAGAGGCAGCUAAACGCGCUGAGGAAGAAGCAAAAAAGCAACUUGAAGAAAAGAAAGGAAAAGCGGAACAAAAUUACUUUUAUCCCAAUAAUGAAAAUCCACCGGUGGAUGUAAUUGACGUCCAGCUUUCUGAAUUAGAAGCUUUACUUGAAAAUAUGAGUGUUGAAGAGCUACAACACCUAAAAAACCAAUUAACCGAUGCAAAAAACAAAAGUGACGCUAAAAACAUUCUCAAAAGAGAGGCAAAAAGGCUUUUGAAAUCGGGAAUUCUCGCAGCUGACGUUAUCAAAUAUUUCGUUAUUGAGGAAGAAUCGACAAGCAGCGAACCCAUUAAUGAAAAGGUGGACAUUAAUAAGCAAGAACAAAUAAAGCAAGAGAACCAGGAAAAUAAAGAAUCGAAAGAAAUAAGAGAAUGGUCGGUUGAAGAGAUUUCAUUAUUAAUUAAGGCGGCAAAUAAAUUUCCUGGAGGGACAUUGAAUAGAUGGGAGACUAUAAGUGAAUAUGUAGCUUAUCAUGCCAGAUUACCUCCACGGAAUAACGAAGAACUGAUUCAAAAAUCUAAGGACGUAAAAAAAGGCACAAUUGCAUUAGAUGAAGAGGCAGUGCGAAAAUUGCAACAUCAAAAGAAGCAUGCUGAUACUCGGAUAACCGAAGACCCUUCAAUACGAGAAGCGACCAUUAAUUACGAUGAUCCAAUAUUAUUAGCAACCGAAAAUAAAUCAAAUCCUUCCAAAUCAAAAACAUCAAAGAAAAAAUCGAAAACCAGAACUAUCGAUAAUACUUCUACUUCAACGAACUCAUCUACACCCACAUCAACUGAUACAAUAACAAAGUCUACAUACAUAGGGAAUGAUUUGAUCAAAAAAAAUCAAGUCACCAAAGAAAACGGGACAGGUUCAGCAACCAAACCCGAAGAUUUAACUGAAAUUACAUCUACACCUACUACCAAUAACACUUCAGCAACAACAUGGACUGCGGAACAGCAAGCUCAAUUAGAGCGAGCCCUCCAGGCAUAUCCACCCAGUUGGAAAGGAAAUGGGGAUCGAUGGGAUAAUAUAACUAAUGCUGUAGAGGGCAAAACGAAGAAAGAAUGCAAAUUACGUGUCAAGUUUCGAGAGUUGUCUAAACUCUAUUCUAUAGAGACAGGACAUGUUUCUAUAAAAAGGAUUGUACAACUCCUAAACGAUCCUGAACGAUAUCUGGUCGAACAAGUAAAGGCGAAAAAAGCCGCAUCUGGCGGAAAAUAA